GAAUAAACCCGGAAAUACAAGUUAUGUGUUAGCAUCACGCCAACGCUGAGUACGUCCUCACACACGCGCUGUAGUAUUAAGAUUUCGGAAACUCUUUAGUUCUCUACAGUUAAAAACAUUAUAAACCAGCCAGCAGCAGCAGGUAUCGUUACGAGACACGCUCACUGAUGCGCUAGGACUUGGAGGGUGUGUGUGUCUGCCGUCGACGCAAAGCUUCCACAGGUAGCAGCAUGGCAAUGUGGAUUCAGGCCCAGAAGCUGGAGGGUGAGGCGUUACAUCAAAUGCAGGCACUGUAUGGGCAACACUUCCCUAUUGACGUGCGACACUAUGUGGCCCAGUGGAUUGAGAGCCAACCCUGGGACUCGGUUGAUUUGGACAACCCCGGAGAGGAAGCCAAGGCCAAACAGCUGCUUGACAGCCUGGUGGCUGAGCUGCUGAGGAAAGCUCAGCUUCAGGAAGGAGAAGAUGGAUUCCUCCUGAAGAUCAAGCUGGGUCAUUCUGCCAACCAGCUUAAGAGCACAUAUGACCGGUGUCCGUUUGAACUGGUGCGCUGCAUUAAACACAUCCUGCAGUCAGAGCAGAGGCUGGUUAAAGAAGCUACAAACUCAAACAGUGGGGGUGGGGCACAGCCAAUGGACACUCUGUCCCAUCGCCAUCAGCAGAUCAACCAAGCCUUCGAGGAGCUCCGCCUUGCAACGCAGGAAGCUGAGAAUGAACUAAAGAAGCUGCAGCACAGCCAAGAGUAUUUCAUCAUCCAGUACCAGGAGAACCUGCGCAUCCAGGCCCAGCUUAGCAGCUUGUCUUCGCUACCACCAGAGGAGCGAGCCCAGCGGGAGCCUGCCCUUGUGAGCAAACGAGCCACUGUGGAGGCCUGGCUCACCAGGGAAGCCAGCACGCUACAGAAAUACAGGCUGGACCUGUCGGAACAGCACCAGAAGACUCUGGGUCUGCUGAGGAAGCAGCAGACUCUUAUACUGGACGAAGAGCUCAUUCAGUGGAAGAGAAGGCAGCAGCUGGCAGGCAAUGGAGGUCCACAUGAGGGGGGGCUGGAUGUCCUCCAGUCCUGGUGUGAGAAGCUGGCAGACCUCAUUUGGCAGAACCGGCAGCAAAUUCGACGCUGUGAACAUUUGACCCAACAGCUUCCACUGCCCGGCCCGAUGGAGGAGCUGCUGAACAAACUCAAUGCUGACAUCACUGACAUCAUCUCAGCCUUGGUCACCAGUACUUUUAUCAUCGAAAAACAGCCCCCCCAGGUAUUAAAAACUCAGACCAAGUUUGCUGCAACAGUCCGCCUUCUGGUGGGGGGGAAACUCAAUGUCCACAUGAACCCGCCACAGGUCAAGGCUGUCAUUGUCAGUGAGCAGCAGGCCAAAGCUUUGUUGAAGAAUGAAAGUACACACAGUGAAAGCAGCGGGGACAUCCUUAACAACAACUGUGUUAUGGAGUAUCAUCAAGGCACCGGCACACUCAGCGCCCACUUCAGAAACAUGUCACUGAAGCGAAUCAAGCGCUCAGACCGUCGAGGUGCCGAGUCGGUCACAGAGGAGAAGUUCACUAUUCUGUUUGAGUCACAGUUCAGUGUUGGGGGUAACGAGUUGGUUUUUCAUGUCAAGACCCUGUCUUUACCUGUAGUUGUGAUUGUCCAUGGCAGCCAAGACAACAACGCCACAGCCACCGUCCUGUGGGACAACGCCUUUGCUGAGCCGGGCAGAGUACCGUUCAUUGUUCCUGACAAGGUCCUGUGGACUCAGCUAUGUGAGGCUCUUGAUAUGAAGUAUAGGGCAGAGAUGCACAGUGGGCGUGGCCUAACCGACGACAACCUGGUCUUCCUGGCACAGAAGGCUUUUACCAGCAGCAGUAACAAUCCAGAGGAUUACCGGAACAUGACCAUAUCCUGGGCCCAGUUCAAUCGGGAAAACUUACCUGGACGCAGCUUCACCUUUUGGCAGUGGUUUGAUGGAGUGGUAGAGCUAAUGAAGAAGCAUCUCAAGCCUCACUGGAAUGAUGGGGCCAUUCUGGGAUUUGUGAACAAGCAGCAAGCACAAGACAUGCUCCUGUCCAAAACAAAUGGCACCUUCCUGCUACGAUUCAGUGACUCUGAGAUUGGAGGCAUCACUAUUGCUUGGGCAGCUGAAAAUCCCAACAAACUAGGUGAAAGACUGGUCUGGAACCUGUUGCCCUACACAACAAAGGACUUCUCUAUUCGUUCUCUGGCCGACCGCAUCAGUGACUUAAAUCACCUUCUGUUUCUUUACCCUGACAAACCCAAAGAUGAGGUGUUCGCCAAGUACUAUACACCUCCACUUUCAAAAGCAGUGGAUGGAUAUGUGAAACCACAAAUCAAACAAGUUGUGCCAGAAUUCACCACCCCAACUCCUGAGCCCUGUGGAGGAGCUUCAGCAUUCAUGGAUCAGACAGCUGCUUCCUCUACAAGCCAGUCCAACAAUUAUGGUGUCUACGCUUCCAUCACUGAGAACAUGCUGGAUCCAGAAGGGGACUUUGACCUGGAUGACACCAUGGAUGUGGCCCGUCAUGUGGAAGAGUUGCUUCGCAGGCCCAUGGAGGCCCACGCUCAGUGGAGCAGCCAGCAGUCAUGAACUGCAACGUCUUUAGGCUUUUAUUUUAUUCUAACCUCUUUUUAACUCAUUUUUUCUCUCUGCUUUUUUAUUAAAAAACUAAAAAACUUAAUAUAAAAUAAGCUUAGUUACUCUGGCAGAUCCACAUAACAGCUAUUUUCUAGAUUCUGCUGAACAUAGGAAGGUAAAAGCUCUGUCAUCUGCAGCUGUUGACAUGGUGGGAUGACUUUAAAGACCAAGUUCAUGGAAGUAUCUUUCAUAAGACACACAGUGGCGGCAACUCAGUGUGUCUUACGAAUGUGUCGUAGCGGCAUGGCAAUGCGAGAAUAUUUCGCCUUUCAUGUCAGCGGAGCUUUUCCCCCACAGAGGUGGACUCACACGUUCUUCAUUUAUAGUAGCGACCACUGCAGAUGCAAAUGGACCUGGUCUUUAAUACCCCCUCAAGCUCACUAGUUCCUCAGGGCUGCUGUCUAGAGCUAUUAUGUUUGGGUUUUCUUUUGUUUUUCUUUUACAAAAAGUAAUUUUACAGCGUAAACUUUACACAACGUUCACAUGUGCCUGAUGAGCUUUUGAAAUGCAGAGACCAUUCACAUGGGAAAAGCAAACUUCUGUAUGAAUGACUUUCAAUUAUUUUGUUUUGUAAUAAUGAGAAUGUGUCAAUAUUUUUGUUGAAAGAAGAUAAAAUGGAAUGGGAAUAAAAUGGAAACCUAAAAGGA